AUGGCCAAACAGGGAGCAUGUAAUAGUCUCCUCAAGGGUUAUUUCGAAAAAGAGUGUCCAAAAAGUUGUAAAAUCUGUGGUGACGGUGACGAAGAGGUCACUACAUCUAUACCAGAAACCACACCUAAACCACCGCCAAAAGAAGGUAUACCUGCGCGCCUCUGUGAGCGGGUGAACAAGCAGCAACCAGCAGUCAUGCACUAUUAUUCUCUUUGCCUGGCCCUUAUUUUCGGCUCUGUGGCUCAUGACGGAUUGAUCAACGCUGCAACUGCGAGCAAAUGCGCGGAUACAGUCUCAAAUUGCCCUAAUCUGGCUAAUCAAAUUUCUGACGGAUUAGUCAAUGCUCAGGCUACAACCCCUGGAGCAGACGCCACUCCUACACUGCCGUCACAGGAAACCACAACUGCGUGUCAGUGCAAGGAUAUUUUAUCGAAUUGCGAGGAUUCGGCUCGUCUUGGCGCAUGCAGUGGUGACUUCAAAGAAUUUCGAAAGAAAAUGUCCCAAAAAAAGGAAUGCGUGGAUCGCCUCGAUAAUUGCAAGCGAAUGGCUGAACAGGGAGAAUGUCAUGGGCGUCUCAGU